AUGGGUGCUGCCAGUACCGGGGCAGAAUCGCUGGAGUGCUGCAAUACCGCACCCCCCACCGGUGCUCCACCCAGCACCGGUGCCGCUCUCGCACCGCCGCUUCCACAGCAGCAAACGAAUCGAACCGCCACCGUACAGCAGCCGACAACGGUUGCAGUACCGCCGCACCGGAACGGUACCACUAUGCCAACGACCGUUCUCGGUACACCGCCCACAACGCAAUCACCGUCCACCGGCACACUUCCCCCCGUCGCUUAUCUGCAGGCACAGCACCACUACGCCCACGGCAAGGACGAGCGCAAGAAGCAGGAGCACCGUUCGCAGCUUGACAUCGAGAACAACAACAGUCAGCAGAUGCAUCAGCAGCAACAGCAUCAUCAACAACCGCCCGCAACCAUGCUACCGAUGCAGCAAAAUGGUGGCGGACAUCAUCUGUACGUCAACCCGGUGCAGGCAAAUGGGCUCAACUUUGAGCUGUACCUGCAGCAAGCGUACCUAGACGAGCACGAGUACUUUAAUCAACUCAACAAUAACAACAACAACAACAGCAAUGGCAACAACAUUCACACGAAGCUGGCACCGCUUGCCACCGCUGGUACCGUGUCGCUCUACUCCGAGUACACCGUCGACACGCCACACACGAUCGACGACUCGAACCUGUCCGGUUCCUGCCAGUGUUUCUUCGCCCGAUACUGUAAAACCCGACGCCGUUCGUCGUCCACCUCAACCGCCACUUGCUGUCACGGUGGUGGUGGGACCAGUGCAACAGACACGAACAAAGGUACGAAGGCAACCGGCAAGGCGAAGCGUGGUCUACCAACGGUGAAGGAGCAGGAACAACCGAAACCAAAGCCGCACCCUACCGGCCCGACCGGUGGUGGUGGAGGGGGUGGUGGCGGUGCCGCGGCUAGGAAUCGAGGUGCGGCUGGGCGGGGUGCUGGCGCCACCGAUACGGAUCCGUUAAUGAGACGGCCCCGCCGGAAGAAGGACUCGAGCGAGCAGGACCUCGCGGCGAAGGCGCAACAACAGCAGAACCAACAGCAACCGGCCGCCAGCAAUGGGGAUGCGGCGCGACACCAGCAACAUCAAUCGAAGUAA